GUGAGUCGAGGCGGCGAAAGUAGGCUUCCAGCUCACCGCAGAACUGUAUCAUCUUCGUGGGGGUGCUGGGGCAAAAGGAGAGUCCCCGAGAUAGGACACUCUUCUGCCGGGCUGAGAGUAGCUGGAUAAAUUGAGGAUAUUGCUGCUGACCAUGAAGGAGCUGCUGGAGACUUUCUUCAACAACUGCACCUGGGCACGGGCGGAGCUGGGGGGGCUGAACGCCACCCGCCAGCCCCCCCACCCCUCCUACGCGGACCCCUGGCUCCAGUGGACCCACCCCCAGCUCUCCUCCCUCGAGAUGCUCAGCUUCUUCCUGCUCGCCAAGUUCUUCAUGCUGCUCCUCGCCACCACCAUGGUCGUCCCCGCCGGCUACUUCCUGCCCGUCUUCGUCUACGGUGAGAACCCAG